AUGGCAGAAGAAACGCCCAAGCCGUUGACUGCGCUGCCUUUCCCCCCGGUCACAGCUUCACAUAUCCUAAACUGUUCAUAUCAUUCAUGGCAACCUCGCUUCCGCUCACUCACGCCGAAAGCUAGGCUUGCACCGCUUUCUGAGCCAUUUCUGACUUAUCUGCGAGCUGACGGGAUUGUCUUGCCACCGGAACACACUCUCAACGACCAGGACAGUGGCUUUCAGGACGAGGAAGAAGAGGACCCUUCGGGUGCAUGGGCCGACGUCCACGAGCGUAUCCGCUCUAUAAUCGCCGAACUUGGAGGCAAGGUCGUGCCGAAAUUGAACUGGUCGGCUCCGAAGGAUGCGACAUGGAUAGCAACAACCAACGACAUGGAAUGUCGGACGCCAAACGAUAUUUACCUGCUCCUAAAGUCCAGCGACUUCAUCACACACGAUCUCGAGCAAGCAUUUGACGGCUGCGUCGAUCAGGCUGAUGUGCCAUACCACCUUGUCUUGAGGAAGUCCUUCAAUUUGAAUCCGUCAUUGGAAUUUCGGUGUUUUGUGCGAAACAGAAAACUCAUCGCUAUCAGCCAGCGGGAGAUGAAUUACUUCGAAUUCCUCUUCGACUUGCGGAACUCGUUCAAGGCCAAGAUCCAGCGCUUCCUCGAGCGCCUGACUGACUUCCCGGAUGAUAACUUUGUAUUCGACGUCUACAUUCCUCCUCCACAUGAGAGAGUCUGGCUGAUCGACAUCAAUCCUUGGGCGCCGAGGACGGAUCCAUUACUGUUCUCGUGGCUGGAGAUACUAUCAAUCCCCGAACCAGAUGGUGAUUCGAUUUUCGAUCCGGAGUUCCGGCUUGUGCAGCGCGACGACCCCGAAGCUUAUCAGUUUGCCGCGACGAAAUAUAGCGCGCACAAAUUACCUAAAGAGGUUGUGGACGCUAGCAUGGCUCCCGGCGAUAUGACGAAGAUGAUGGAGGAAUGGAGAAAGAUCAUGGACAAGCAAAUAGAGGAAGAAUCCGAAGAUGAAGAGAUCUGA